AUGGCCACGACAUCUUCAUCUUCCUCAGUAGUUCUUCUCCCUCCUGAUGCUCAGCCACCAAAGUCAAAGUCGGCAGCAUACUAUGCAGUCCAUCCACACUGGCAGGAUGUCAUACCCAUUCCGCAGGUCGAUCAAACCGGUGUUCUGGCGCCUAUUGCCUAUAGUCCACGAUACUCGGAAGCAAUGUCCUUCUUACGUGCUCUAAUGGCAGAGAAUGAGGUCUCAGAACGGGCGUUAGCAUUGACGGAGGACCUGAUCAGCAUGAACCCUGCUCACUAUACAGUUUGGAUUUAUCGGAUGAGAAUACUGAAAGGAUUAUGGCAAGGCAGUACAAGCAGCGACAAUAUCGACACUAAGAUCGUGGAGAUCAAUGAGGACAAAUCGAGCCAGCAAUCUGACACUGACGACAACGAAAUUAAACCAGGACUAUGGAGGAACAUCCAGGAUGAGCUGAAGUGGCUAGACGAGGUCUCUUUUCGAAACUUGAAAAACUACCAAAUUUGGCACCACCGACACGCGUUGGUUGAGUUGCUGCCCUUAGAUCCAGCAGGACCAGCCACUCCAGACAGCCCUAAAAACAGCCCUAAAAACAGACCGACACAGCCCUCAAGUAAAGCGACGAACGAGAUCCUAUCCAGCUUCAUCGCAUCCGAACAACUCUUCCUCUCUCGCAUCCUCUCCCAAGACACGAAGAACUACCACGUCUGGUCAUACCGCCAAUGGCUCUGUGCCCGCUUCCCAUCCCUCCUACUUCCAUCCUACUCAUCAAACGCCAGCAACUCAAUAGCGUCAACCUACCGAACACACGCCGAAGUCCAAGCCAUCGACACCAUGAUCCAAGACGACCUUCGAAACAACUCCGCCUGGUCCCACCGCUACUUCAUCCUCUUCGGCCACCACGAACUCACCUACGUCCAAUCCCAAUCUCCACCCAUAAUCCUCAAAGAAGUCAACGAGCAAAAGUUGCUACACAAGGCCGGUCUCGUCGACGCAGACCUAGUAACAGCUGAGAUCGAGUAUACGAAACAUGAGAUCAGGAAAGCGCCGCAGAACGGAAGUACUUGGAAUUAUCUCCGCGGUCUACUGAGACAUGGCGAUUGGGUGGACGUUGAGCUCGAAGAUCCAGCUACGAAGGAAACGAGGGUGGAACGACAGGAGAUUGGGGUUCGGAGUAGUCAUGCUGUGGAAUGGUUGAGCGAGAUAUACAGUAAGGAUGAGACGGCGAAAGACGAAGCGAGAGCCAAGGAAUGUUUGAGGGCGUUGGCCGAAAAAUGGGAUCCUAUACGGAAAGGGUAUUGGGAUUAUAAGUUAUCGAAACUGGAAGAGAAAUGA